AGAGCUUGCCACAACCAGUUUCAGAACUGCCCCCGAACAUGGAGGAGUCUUUUAGUUAUCUAACUUCAUUGGUCUCUAGGCAAACAGAUCAGCAGUUGCCUCGUAUACAUCAGGACAUAUGGUAUUUGGCUCGAGUAGGGGAGCUUGAAGCUACUGAUACUGAAGACCCAAAUCUAAAUUACGGACUUGUUGUGGACUGUGGCAGCAGUGGCUCCCGGAUUUUUGUUUAUUUUUGGCCAAGACAUAAUGGGAACCCCCAUGAUUUGCUGGACAUCAAACAGAUGAGAGACCGCAACAGCCAACCGGUGGUUAAAAAAAUCAAGCCAGGAAUCUCUGCCAUGGCAGACACUCCCGAGCAUGCCAGCGAUUACCUUCGUCCUCUGCUGAGCUUUGCUGCUGCGCAUGUGCCUGUGAAGAAGCACAAGGAGACCCCCCUCUACAUUCUGUGCACCGCGGGCAUGCGGCUUCUUCCUGAGAGGAAGCAGUUGGCUAUCCUGGCUGACCUAGUGAAAGAUUUACCACUGGAGUUUGACUUCCUCUUUUCACGGUCUCAGGCAGAAGUGAUCUCUGGGAAGCAAGAAGGGGUUUAUGCAUGGAUUGGAAUCAACUUUGUUUUGGGAAGAUUCGACCAUGUGGAUGAAUCAGAUGCUGAAGCCCCGCAGGAAUUGGCAGCAGGACGCAGAAGGACAGUAGGAAUACUGGAUAUGGGAGGAGCCUCUCUCCAAAUUGCUUAUGAAGUUCCUACCUCAACCUCAGUCCUUCCUCCAAAACAGGAAGAGGCUGCGAAGAUCCUGCUGGCUGAAUUCAACCUGGGCUGUGAUGUGCAUCACACUGAACAUGUGUAUAGGGUUUACGUCACCACCUUUUUGGGUUUUGGGGGCAACUUUGCCCGACAGCGCUAUGAAGACCUUGUGCUGAAUGAAACGCUUAACAAAAACAGGUUGUUGGGCCAGAAGACAGGUCUGAGUCCUGACAGUCCAUUUCUGGAUCCUUGCCUGCCCGUGGGACUCACAGAUGUGGUGGAGAGGAACAGCCAGGUCCUGCAUGUCCGAGGAAAAGGAGACUGGUCGACUUGUGGGGCAAUGCUGAGCCCCCUGCUGGCUCUCUCUAACACCAGCCAGGCCUCCCUGAAUGGCAUCUACCAGUCACCAAUUGACUUCAACAACAGCGAGUUCUACGGUUUCUCUGAGUUUUUUUACUGCACGGAGGAUGUGUUGCGCAUCGGUGGCCGCUACCAUGGGCCAACAUUUGCCAAGGCUGCUCAGGACUACUGUGGCAUGGCUUGGUCAGUACUAACUCAGAGAUUCAAGAAUGGCCUUUAUUCAUCACAUGCAGAUGAGCAUCGACUCAAAUAUCAGUGUUUUAAAUCGGCUUGGAUGUACCAAGUCCUUCAUGAAGGAUUCCACUUUCCCUAUGACUACCCAAACCUACGGACAGCCCAGCUGGUAUAUGACCGGGAGGUUCAGUGGACGCUGGGAGCCAUUCUGUAUAAAACACGAUUCCUACCACUCAGGGAUCUACGGCAGGAAGGUGUCCGACAGGCCCAUAGUAGCUGGUUCCGCCUCUCCUUUGUCUACAACCACUAUCUCUUCUUCGCCUGUAUCCUGGUGGUGCUAUUGGCCAUCAUCCUGUACCUUCUGCGGCUACGCCGAAUUCACCACCGACAGACUCGAGCCUCAGCUCCAUUGAACUUGCUGUGGAUUGAAGAGGUGGUGCCCAUGAUUGGGGUACAGGUGGGGCCUUGAGGCCGAGUAAGGACUGUGGAAGCUCAAGUACUCCAGAGUUGCUGCUCAUUGAAUUCCACCACUUUCUUGUAAUGGCUUCGGAUGCUGUUUUGCCUGACCUGGUGGAUAUUUUGGCAUUGGAAUUUCCACUUUAAUAUCUUCUUUAAUUCCUCUCAAUCUCCAGGUCCUCUUAUCUGAGAAGCUGUAACUUAGUCUGUGAAGAACUAAGUAAUGAGAGAUUGGUGCUAACAAAGGUGACCAGCCUUAGUCCAAUUGAAGCACGCUUCUCCUUUAUCUGAGAGAUCUGGUGUGUUCCAGGGAUCUAGACUUUUCUCCCCCUGCUAAAGCAUGAAGUUUGGCAUUGGGCACCCUGGAAGCUGAGGUGAAACCAGACUUGGAGCGUCUGACACAAACCGAAGACAUUCUAGCAAGUGCAGCAGCCCCUUCUUUCUCUGUAACAGAGAGAUCAUUUAUGUGGAGGUCCACAACCCUUAAUAGGGGUCCAAGAUAAUUUGCAGUUCAGUGGAACAGAUAUGAAUUUCCAGGCAACCAAAAUAACACAACGUCUUUGUUUCUUUGACAAAGAAGCCAUUGAGUGUGGACCAAGGUCCCUGACAGUGUUGCUGAUGUUAGUUUGUGAUUUUAAAAGGUUAGAACCCCUUCUAAAUGAAUGGAUCAUCAAAGAUUUUGACUAAGUCUUAUCUGAUGUCUUGUAUGACCAGGACAGAAAAAUUUUCCAUGUCUAUGUGCCUCAGAGGCUGUUUGGGCAUUAAUUUUUCUUUUUGAGUCUUAAAUAUGCUUGUAGGAUGGAGAAACUGUGAUGGGUAUUGGAGACCUGGGUUUGGUUUCAGGUCACUGUCCUAUAGGCCUAUUUUAAAAAAAAUUAUUAUUUUUUUUACUGAUUUUAUUGGGCUGACAUUAGUUAAUAAAAUUAUUUAGGUUUCAGGUGUACAAUUCUGUAAUACAUCAGCUGUAUAUUAUAUGGUGUGUUCACCACCCCAAGUCUCCAGGCCUAUUUUUAUGAGUCCGUAUACAGGAAGAUUCAAAAGAGUUCCUUUAUUUCACUGCUAAGAUCAAUAAAAGCAAUAGUUUGGGAAGGGAUAUAUUUGGGUUGUUUUUAUAGAAGGAAAGAACAAUAUCAGGAUAGUGGGCAAAGGCAAUAAAAUCGAAGUUCUUAUUUAUUCAUAUUUUUCUGAGAAAUCGAAAUUUUCUCAAUUUGACUCUGGGUUUGUCUGAAAAGAAGCAAAUUCUAAACUUUGGAAUAAAUAGAUAAAUCUGUUAUUAAGCCACA